CCUUGUCCACACAUGGCACCUUUAAUUCUCUGACAGAGGGGAGAUCCUCCUGCUGGGUUUUUUAUUAUUUAAAUGCAUCUUUUAAAAUCUCUGCGAUGUCAGACUCCUCCUGCAAGUCUCCUGAGAAGAAAAGCCAGAGUAACGUCAGUGAAGGAUGUGAGACCUGUGAGCUGUUGGAGCAGAGAAACAGGAAGCUGAGGAGAGAGGUGGAUUCUCUGUCUGAGGAGCAGCGCCAUCUUUCCGAAACUCUCUGUGCCCACGAGCCUCUAUGUCCCAUGAUGCAUUGCUCCUUAUCCUCGUCCAGCCUGCAGACAGACACCAUGACAGCCUGCAGGACUUUCUGAGCAGAGAUCACCUGCUGAAGGUUCAGGAGAAGACUAGGAGCAUUAAGAGAAUACAAACAAAUAUUUAAAGUGGACCUAUCAUGCUAUAGUUGAAUAAUAUAGUGUAGGACCAUACCUAUA